AUGUCGACCUCAGCACAAUCGGCGACACCUGGUCUUGCGCACCGCUCCAUAUCCAAUAUACGCUCUGGUGCUGGUCCGCAAGCUGGCCCGGCCAGCCCACACACUCCGCUUCGUGGCACUACGUCUGCCUUUGGGUCGCCUUCCACACUCCGCGCUGAAGAGGAGACAAUCGUGGUCGAGAUAGGGACGCGUUUCGUCCGCAUUGGGUUCGCAGGAGACUCGGUCCCUAAAGCCAUAGUCUCUUCAGGUCCGGUACAACAACGCCGUGUUGGUGAUUUUACAUCAUGGCUUCCACGGUCAUCAACAGCGCCGUCGUCCGUGCCUCCGAAUACAGAACUUCCAUCUAUUGAAUGGGGCCAUCUUCACGAACUAUGGACGUCCGACCUACGGUGCUUAGACCUGGGUCUCGUGGGAGACAAACUGGACCGCCUCUUGCGUGAUGCAUUUACGAAAAACCUCCUAAUUGAUUCCCGACCCCGCCGUGUCUUCCUCGUUCUACCUCCAGCGCUGCCUUUGCCGUUAGUUUCAACCAUUCUCGAUACCCUAUUCCAUCGCUUUCAAACACCACUGGUGUCAAUUUUGUCGUGUCCUAUCACCGCUGCUGUUGGCGCUGGAGUACGGUCCGCAAUUGUUGUGAAUUUGGGCUGGGCCGAGACGGUUGUAUCGAGUGUCUACGAAUACCGAGAGAUCCGCCACACGAGGAGCACAAGGAGCGGCAAGAUGCUUGUACACGAAGUGCAUGAUCUUUUAGCCUCGGCGCGCAAGAAAACCGCGACGCCGCCGACGCAGCUUGAAACCUCGGAUGCAGAUGGAGUUCGGCCCGCAAAUCGUGUCUUCAGUUUCGACGAGUGCGAAGAUAUUGCCUGUCGCAUGAUGUGGUGUCAGCAGCUUGACCGCGCCGCGGUUCCUGAGGAUGAGCCAGGACUGGCAACUGUGGAAGAACGGGACGAAUCCACCUCUUUGGCCCAAGACGAAUCCAGACAGCACCAGACGGUCAGAAAUGUGCAUCUAGGCAUGUCGUCUUGUUCGCCCCCUGAAAUCAUCGAGCUUCCAUUCCAACGCCUAUCAGAGCCUUGCGAGAAUACAUUCGUGGCCCCUCAGUACACGCCAAGCAGCUUUGAUGACGACGAAUUGCCCAUUCCCUUGCUUAUCUAUCGCCACUUGUUAUCGCUGCCUAUCGAUGCGCGCGCGGUCAGCUUAUGGGGCUGGGAUCCAGUUCACGGCGAUGGUGCACAACAAGUUAAGGCUAGAGCGAAGCGUAGUAAAAGCCAGAGCCGCGCGCAUUCACAAGCAAUGGCGAUGGGAGAAGACGGGCAAAAGGAUGACGUCUGGCAUGACGCUGCCAACGCAGCCCCGGAACAUGACAGCGUACAACAGCUCCUGCAGCGAACUGAAAACCCUCUCGAGAACUUACAGGGCAGCGUUCGAGUGCUGGAAACGUUGGGACCCUGGGCUGGGGCCAGUAUGAUCGCCCACCUCAAGGCGAUGGCGGUCGCAAGCAUUGACCGUGAAGCGUGGCUGCAGCAAGGUGUAGCUGGGGCCGCUCGCCCUGGGGAGGUUGACGUGAAAGCACAGCAACGGCAGAGCCUUGGACCUGGGCUCAUGCGCGGUGCCUCAGUGGGAGGCUCGGCAAGUUGGACUCUGGGAGCUUGGGGAGCUGUGUAG